AUGUCUGAAAUCACCUCGAACGGUACCAAAAAGCGCAAACUCACUACUAAGUCUUGUGAGAGAGAUACUGCCAUUAUUGGUUUGCCAAAUGAGACUCCUCCACCGAAAGCUCCUGGAAGAAGUGCUACAAGUGUUGCUCAAGCGGCUCAAUCUAUCGAAAAUGCUCAGCCGGGUAUGGAGUUUGUUCUUGCUGAAUUGUCUAGAUUACGAGAGCAAGUAGCAAAGUUGGAAAACGGAAAUACUACAGACAUAAAACCUGAACCAGGCUCGCCAGUUAUCGACUUGACUGAUGACGAUGACGAUGCAGCAUCUCCCGUGAAACUAGAGCAUGGAUUAAAUGCCGUUGAUGAUCUCUAUAAUGCCACGCCUCUGCGAGAAUUGACAGAAGGCGACAGGAGUAGUACUUUGAGUGACGGCGAACAAUUGGAAUCUCCAUCAUUUCCACGGUUAUCUGCUAAAUGCACGGUUGAGUUUUUGAAGAGUAUACAUACGGAGGUAUCUCAAGUACCCGUCAUCGCUCAAUGGGGAAUGACAAUGCCUGCCAUCGUCAGAAGGUUUCCCUUGAUGGAUUUAUAA